GACAAAUCACACCAUGCCUACUAGGACCGGACAAACCAGUACUAGCAAGGAGGUUGAAAACAUAUUAAACCUCCUUAAGCAAGUGAACAGUAAGCAAGCUGCUAGCACCAAGGAGGUUCAGUCACUUCCUCCAACAACUCAGCCAGACUGGGUAUUUGGAAACUUGGCUCCGGAUUCGCCGUGGAAGUUUAACGCCACAGCAUUGAAAGAAAUUAGAAAUAUCACCGCGGUGGGACUGAACCUCAAAAGUCGUCUGCAGGAGCACAAGUGGGGCAACGUCACAAAACCCGCGCUUCCCAUUGGUCACUACAACACAUGCGCAGUCGUGGGCAACAGCGGUGUUCUCCUAGGCAGCCGCUGUGGUGCCGAGAUCGACUCCAUGGAUUACGUCAUCAGGAUAGACCUCCCUGUGCUCAGAGGUUUCGAGGAGGACGUUGGCGGGCGGACUAAUAUGACAAUACUCAACCUCAAAACGCCUCGGCGACUGGCGGAGUCUUCACAUUUUGAAAACAGAUCUCUCGAUGUGUACGAGAGUCGACUACAGGACGUGAAGAAUUCUGUCCUGCUUGGAGACUACAGAGCGAGACGAAAAAUCAUGGAGGCUUUACCAGUUUACAAGCUACCCUUUUCAGUGGUGAUUACAGAGAAUAAGCUGAGGAAGGGCGUUAUGCCGCUUGCAUCUAAAAUAGCUGGGAGGAGCAUGAAAAAGACGCCCACCAUCGGUCUCGUGAGCGUGCUGAUGAUGACGUCCUUCUGUGACCACGCCUACAUCUACGGGUUCUUCCCCUUUUUUAAGGACAAGAACAACGUGGCGGUUCCCUACCACUACUUCCCAAACGACAACGUCAACUCUCGCCGCAACCCUCCCUUGAUGAACGGCUUCGAUGAGUUACACAACGUCGACCAGGAAUAUGACUUCCACAGGGAGCUACACAGAAGAGGCGCGGUGAAGAUGCAGCUUGGUCCAUGCGGAAAACGUUGA